AUGGCAAGCUUUCAAACUUUAUCUGUUGCUCUUUUCAUCUCAGCAAUUGCAUUUCAUUCAGGUUUAGUUGAUGGUAAAUUUUCAAAGAGCAUGUACUUCACUUGGGGCGCUCAGCAUUCUUCAAUUCUGGGCAAUGGCGAUGAUCUUCAACUUGUGUUAGACAGAACUUCAGGUUCAGGUGUCCAAUCAAAGAAAGCAUUCCUAUUCGGAAGCAUUGAGAUGCUAAUCAAACUGGUACCUGGGAACUCUGCAGGAACUGUUACAGCAUAUUAUAUUUCCUCUACUGGGACAAAGCAUGAUGAGAUCGACUUUGAAUUCUUAGGGAACUUAUCAGGACAACCUUAUAUCAUCCACACAAACAUCUACACUCAAGGAAUUGGAAACAGAGAGCAGCAAUUCUACCCAUGGUUUGACCCAACUGCAGAUUUCCACAACUACACCAUACAUUGGAACCCCUCAGAAAUUGUUUGGUACGUUGAUGGUCUGCCAAUUCGAGUUUUCAGAAACUAUCAGAGUGAGGGGAUUGCCUACCCAAACCAACAAGGGAUGAGGGUAUACUCCAGCUUGUGGAAUGCAGAUAACUGGGCAACUAAAGGUGGCCUCGUUAAGAUUGACUGGUACAGUGCACCCUUCAUAGCCAGGUUCCGUAACUUUAGGCCAAGGGCUUGCAAGUGGGAUGGACCUGUUAGCAUUACACAAUGUGCCUCCCCUUCCCCUGCCAACUGGUGGACCUCUCCAGUAUACGGACAACUGAGCUAUGCUAAGCUAGGUCAGAUGAAAUGGGUUAGAGAUAACCACAUGAUCUAUGAUUACUGCAAAGAUACUAAGCGAUUCAACGGACAGAUGCCACCUGAAUGCUCUAAGCCACAAUACUAG